UGAAUAAUACUAUGUAUUAUCCGAACUAAAUAAUCUAAUUGUUCAACUGUUUCAGAGAGAAUAUCAAACAAGUCAAACUACUGAUGAACUAAUUCCGUUUCCUGAUUGUUAAUUUGAUUUGAAAGUAGAUUAGUGUUGAAUCUCUUUUCAUCAACAAUAAUCAAAUGUAGCUUUAACUUUGAAUUUACUUUUGUAUUUUUACUAGUGUUAAUAACCAAUAUUAAACUUGUCAUCAUGCAAUAUUUAUUAAUUGUUUCAAUUACUUUUCUGGCUUUCGUCACUUGUGAUAAUGGUUUCAAUAUGGACACUGAGGGUCUGGAAAAUAUUGCUGACGCUCUAAACAAUACAGUUUGUGAUGCUAAGGAUUCAUGCCAACCUGAUGGUCACUGCGGUGAUGGCCAUGUUAGGAAUGACCAACCUGUUUUAGUCCCAAUCGGACAGAAGGAAAUCACCAAAAAUCAACUAAUUGUGUUGAUUAUCCUUUUUGGUAUCUUAAUUUUUGAUGACGAAAAGACUUAUACUGAUUGUGUAAAUUCCUGUAAUACUUGCAAAGCAAAUCUCCAAUCUUGUAAUUUAGAUCAAUGUAUUCCUGGUUAUGAAUGUAAGGAUGGCUAUAAAUUUAAUAACGAAAACCGAUGUAUUCCUGCUUCACAAUGUCCCAAAUAUACAUGUAAGAAUGAACCAAGAACUAUUCUUACUGAUAUAAAUAGUUUUAUCCAGGCUAGAGCGAAACAGUUCGAUGAUGAUGAACUUGAGAUUCUCACCAGACUAACACGAAUAAAUUUUUUUGACUAUGAUAAUGCCUUUCAAGUUGACGGUCCAAAUGACCCAUAGCUAUACCAGCAAUAAAUUUGGAACUUUUUUGAGUUUAAUUUUAAAUUAAAUCUCAUCAGA